AUGAGUGGAGAGAGCACCGCGCGAGAUUCAGCUCCGGAAUCCGCAAACAAAGCACCUAUGAAUACCUCUGGCCUCACGGGCUCAGCCAUUCCUGAGCCCGCGCAGGGUAGUGGUGCCGAUGCGACCGACAUCCAGGACACAACCUCUGUCGCACCUUCCGACCUGGCCUCCUCUUCCACUGCACCGGUGGAGAGUACGACGGCCGUUGCUGAAAGCACCACCGCACCGAAGAAACGCCAUUUGUUGAUUCCGAUCCCAUCCCGACGAUCCUCGAGAACAAGCAAACAACAGGGGUCGGAAAAGACCGAGGAGGCAGCGCAAGAUGAGCCUUCUCGACGGAGUUCCAAAGUGAGCAUCCUGCGGUCGAAACGGGAUCACAGCCGGGCAAGUAGCCGCCGGUCGCGCCAGACUCAGAACGGAGGGAAUGCGGAGGAGAGUAAAGAGGCGACGACCAUGCCCGAGGACACUUCCCCAAAGCCUCAACAGAAGAAAAAUCCGUCUAAGUUCCUGGCUUUCUUGGGCUGUUGCUCCUCUUCCGAAGUUGAUGCAGAUGACACUGCUCUGCCUGCAAAGAAAACAACCAUGCGGCCACCUGCUUCCAACAGGCUGCCUACCCCAGACAAGGCGGAGGCUCCUACUGGUGACUCGAGCACUGUAGAAUCAGGGGAGCCAUACUUGGAUGAAAAGGCACACUCCACAGUCAGCGCGGAUCAGCCUGGCGAAGAGGACCGCAAUGUCAAGCCUGCCACGGCCAGCGUGCAAGCGGAUGGUCCUUCUGCUGAUGCCAAACAGCCAGAAGUCUCAGGCCAGAAAGAUCAAACUAGAUCAGUACCUGAAGUGAACGCAGACGCAAACACUCAGGAUCGGGAGGGUCAAUCAACUUCCCCCGCUGAGGAACUUCCUUCUGCAUCAACGGCAACCAUUCAGAAAGAUUUUGGCACUGACGGGCAAGAAGAAGUCACAUCUCACCAAGAAAUGAAACUCCCCGUGGUUAUUCCUCCGCCGCCACCACCGCUGCCACCGGCACCCCCGGCUCCUCCUGCUCGAGGCUAUGAAGACUCAGCGCAUCCUUUGCUCCCUGCGCCUUUGCCCCACUUAAGUGGCCGAAAGUGCUUGGUUCUCGACCUCGAUGAAACACUGGUUCACAGCAGCUUCAAGGUUUUGGAGCGUGCCGACUUCACCAUUCCAGUUGAGAUCGAAGGUCAAUAUCACAACAUCUAUGUGAUCAAACGUCCUGGUGUGGAUGCAUUCAUGAAGCGUGUUGGUGAGCUUUACGAAGUGGUGGUAUUCACUGCCUCAGUUUCAAAGUAUGGCGACCCUUUGCUCGACCAACUGGAUAUCCACAACGUGGUUCAUCACCGCCUAUUCCGAGAGAGUUGUUAUAACCACCAGGGGAACUACGUCAAAGAUCUUUCACAAGUCGGUCGAGACUUGAAGGAAACAAUCAUCAUUGAUAAUUCCCCUACAUCCUACAUCUUCCACCCUGAGCACGCGAUUCCCAUCAGUAGCUGGUUCUCUGACGCUCAUGACAAUGAGUUGCUCGACCUCAUCCCUGUUCUCGAGGAUCUCGCAGGGGCCCAGGUCCAAGAUGUCAGUAUGGUCCUGGACUGCGCCCUGUAGAUGCCUCGAUGGGAUCCUUCUUACGCCUGAGAUAUCCCUUUUGAGCGAAUUGUUUUCUUUUCUACGCGAGAAAAGCCCUUUCCUUUUGCAUUCCUCCAGCAUUGCUGCCAUUGAUGGGCAGUCGCCCUAUUUCCUACUACAGAUUCGAUUCCCCUUCUCGACGACCGAAUAUGGACCCAGAUGGAACUGGUAUCCUACUGGGUUAAGGUCCCGUCCCCCCUGCAUUUGUUGUCGUUCUUGGAUAGCACAUUAACCUGACCAUCUUCGACCUUCUGCAUUGCAAUUUGACUUUGUAUCUCACUACGCUCCGAGCGAGCCCAUUCCCCAUUAUUUCUUUCUCUUUUUCUCCCCCUGUGCUUUACCAACACCCCCUCAUGUCCUGAUCUUCCCUUUUUGUGUAUUCUCUCCCUAUCCCAACACCCAACAAGUCCGCUUUUUAUGCAUUCUGCAGGCGUCUCUUGGUUAUCAUGCCCCCGCUGUAUCCCCCCUAUGUUAUUUCUUUUCUCAUUUCUGCCUUGCUACACGGCCUUACUGCCUUG